GUGUUUAAAUAAGUAUUAUAUGACGUUGUUAAGCUGAAUGGAAAAACUGCUUUCUAAAUAAUGAUUAAAUACCAAGCGUUUAUUGUAAUUUUGCUCGAAGUUUUAAAUUUAUCACCUACGUGGAGUGCAUGCAUCUUCAUCAGCGACUGUCCUGUAGCCCUCAAGUACAUCGAUAAAAGACGGCAUGACCCCACGACAGUAGCACUCUUGCAGAAGGUUCACUGUGGAUUAGUAAACAAAGGAGGUCGCCUAGUACCAAAAGUCUGGUGCGACCAAAUCCCAGACUUUGAAGAAAACCGACAAGAAGGAAACAGCAAGGUCGAUCUUCUACCAAAACAAGACGAAUGCGGCGUUCAAGCAGCCGGCUCGAAAAUAACACAGGGCGAACGCACAGAUUUAGAAGACUUUCCGUGGUUAGCUUUGUUCCAGUACAAAAAUCGUACCAACCAUCUUGCCUACAGGUGCCAUGGUACUCUGAUCAGUGACAGGUACGUGCUGACGGCGGCUCAUUGUCUGAGCUACAAUUCGGCCAGUAGGGGAAAACUCGGAAGUUUAGACAAAAUUAUUCUGGGCGAGUACGACACGAGCACCGCAAGAGAUUGCUUACCUCAACAAUGGGGCGGUUAUUGCACUGACCCGUUACAAAUUUUUUCGCCAGAGACCAUCCACAUUCACCCAGAUUUCGGAACCGAUAACGCCAUUUCCGACAUCGCGUUAGUACGACUGAAUAAAAAAGUGACGUUCUCAGAUUUCGUUAAACCGAUUUGUUUACCGUUAGAGCCUAUCAGUUUAAAGCGUCACGAACCGUUGUUCAUCUCAGGAUGGGGCGUCACCGAGACGAGAACUUCGAGUACCAUCAAACUGAAAGCGAGGAUUUUGUACCUUUCGAACGACGCGUGUUCGCUUUAUGGUGUGGACAGGACCCAGAUUUGUGCAGGCAGUAAUACCGGUGCUGAUACCUGCAGGGGAGACUCCGGAGGACCUCUGAUGGUCACCAGACUGACACCAGAUCGCGACGUCAAAAAUAUUUUAAUCGGUAUAGUCUCGUACGGCUCCAAGUGUGGGGGAAGUUCGGCGAUUUAUACCAACGUAUCAACAUUUAUAAAAUGGAUAUUAGAUACGAUACAUGAAUUUCCCGACAUUCAAAACAAAAUGAUCGAAGGAAAAGUUUCCGCUUCCAGUGUUUGCGUGUUGUUGGUGUGUGUUCUGUGGUUAUCGAGAACAGAAAAUUACGUUUCAGCCACCAGAAUAGAAUGUAUUCCACUAAAGCUCUGUCCGCUGGCCAUGAAACUGAUAAAAACCAAACCUUACGCCCCGGAAACAAUCGCAUUCUUACGGUACUCUCAUUGCGGUUUCGACGGGCAAGAUCCCAAAGUCUGGUGCACUUUGUUCCUCCGCUGCAAAACGCCGGAUUCUCGGAACGGUACUUGCAAAAACGUCAAAGAGUGCGACUCAUUCAUGCAAUACAUGGAAAAUGUCGACCAGCACGAUCGUGUGGUCAAGAAGUACCUCCGAGAGUACCGCUGCAGCACGGACCACGAUCCGGAAGUCCGUGUCUGCUGUCCGGAUGAGGGCAAAGUGACGCCCGUCUUUACCGAGAAGGACGUGCACGAGAGGUUUUCCAACUUUUUCCCGGAUCCGGACAUCGGGGAGUGCGGUAGGCAGAACUCUGAUAACAAAAUCAUCGGUGGUACCGAAACCGCGUUGGACGAGUACCCGUGGCUGGCGCUGCUCAAGUACGUCAACAGGAACAAGGUUCAGUACGCGUGCGGAGGAAGUUUGAUCAGCGAGAGAUUCGUCAUAACCGCAGCGCACUGUGUCGAUCCCGAUAUUAUCAGACAGAAAGACCUUGGGCGACUGCAGAGCGUGAUUUUGGGGGAGUUCGACACGAGGAAUGAAACGGAUUGUAUUUACCAGAAGUAUGGUGAAGACUGUGCAGAUCCUCCGCAAGAGUUCAACGCUUAUGACUACGUCAUGCAUCCUGAUUACAAUUCUAGGCUUAUGAUAAACGACAUUGCCAUUAUUCGGCUCGAUCGGAAAGCAAUCUUUUCAGAUUACGUACAACCGAUAUGUUUACCAUUUCCGGAUUUCAAACUACGAGGGAACGAAAGCUUUACGAUUAGUGGAUGGGGACGGACUGAAAGCGAGAAACGAAGUCCCGUUAAACGAAAGGCAACCAUAGGUUAUUCAAGUCCUUCUAAAUGUAAUCAGUUAAAUGGCAAGAGGAAGUUGACAGGUAGACAGAUGUGUGCAGGGAAGGGUGGUGGUGUCGAUAGCUGCUAUGGUGAUUCUGGGGGACCUUUAAUGUUAGAGGUGAGGACACCAAAUGGAUACUUUGCAACGUUCGCAGUUGGUAUGGUGUCCUAUGGAUAUGGUCAGUUGUGCGGGAGCUUCCCCGGAGUUUAUACUUUUCUGCCACCUUAUGUGAAUUGGAUAAACCAACAGAUUAGCUAGGAGUUCGAGAAAUGUAAAAGUCUUUACUCUUUUUGUAAAAGUAUUAUUUUUGUAUGUUUACUAUUGCUCAAGUCAAAAAAUGGAGAUAUUCUUUAUUUUUGACAGCUAAGAUUUAAAAGUGACUUGUAACUGAAUCACGUUACAUUUUUUCCUCCACUUUCUGUGACAACAAUUAAGACUGGUUUUGUAUUUUACUUAGUGACAAAGAUUCAAGUGUCUUUUAUUGUAAAC